GAGGCGUUGCAGCAGGCAGCAGCUCUUGGAAAACAUUGGGAGAGCCACGGGUGCAGGGCAUGCUCGCUCUUGGCGUUCCAACCCCCAAAGCAUUCAACACAGAGCCCAUCAUCUCCAUAAUCACCAAAUCAAAACACGUCCACUACGUCAAUAUGGGGCUUGAAAUCUUGGAGGAUAGCGAAGCAUGGGAGCAGAUGGACGAUCUCCUUACAUUUUCCCACACAAAGGUCAUCCUCCGCGACGGCUCGCAGUAUUUCUUUGCUAUCACCGAUCGCCGUUAUUCUCCUUCCUCCAAGAUCGAUCCAUCCACUCUCAAGCUUCAUCCGAUUCCAAUCUCGCGGAUCUGGCCAGUAUUUCCAGCGAACUAUACACGAGCGGCGAACCCCCUACCUCCAAAUUCAUAUGUGAAACGGCCUCGCUUGCUCUAUUAUGGAGACAGCGAGGCAUCGACGGAUAUAAGUCUGCUGCUACAUGAAGCUCAAAUUUACGAGGUUUUGGCGAAGUCCCCGCAUCCAAACAUUGUAAGAUACCUGGGCCCAGCGGGUGACACAAAAAGCGAGACUCACAAAUUGCCGAUGUUUGCCCGCCCCCUUGCAAAGUACUCUGUAGAUAUCAACAAUCAAUAAUUAAUUCAUCUGCC